GAGUCGUCUUUCACGGGGCACACAUAACUAAAACCAAAACAAUCAAAAUCCUUCUUCUCGGGCGAAAGAGAGAAUUUUGUGAAUCUGGGUUUCCAUUUCAGGUGUUAAUAUAAGAUUUUGAUCGAUACCCAUCUCUAAAGAAGACGAGACUUGAUCUGAUCCGAUCCGAUCCGGGCGAUUAGGUUUGUAGGGGGCGGAAAAAAAUGGCGAAUCUGUAUGUGAAAGCUGUGCCACCGCCGGAUAUGAACAGGAAUACGGAAUGGUUCAUGUAUCCAGGAGUUUGGACUACUUACAUGCUUAUUCUCUUCUUCGGUUGGCUCGUUGUUCUCUCUGUCUCUGGUUGUUCACCUGGAAUGGCUUGGACUGUUGUUAAUCUCGCUCACUUCGUUGUAACGUAUCACUGCUUUCACUGGAUGAAGGGAACUCCUUUUGCAGAUGACCAAGGAAUCUACAAUGGUUUAACUUGGUGGGAACAAAUGGACAACGGUCAACAACUUACCCGCAACCGCAAAUUUCUCACUGUAGUUCCUGUUGUCCUGUAA